AUGAAGUUUCAAUGCGCACGAGUCCUGCGCGGCCAUGACGGCCCAGUGUUUGCCGUGCGAUUCAACGAGAAGGGAACGUACUGCAUGAGCUGUGGGAGCGAUCGCACCGUUCGGUUGUGGAAUCCACAUCGGGAAGGCACCGAAGGUACAGGGUCAGCUCUGUUGAUCAAGACGUAUCGUGGGCUACAUGGCUACGAAGUUCGCGAUGUCGCCAUGUACGCACAUGUCCAUGCCUACGUUUAG